UCUUUUUUCAAGAUUACAACGUAUCCCUCUCAUUUCUUUCUUUAAGUCACAUUGUUAUGGCAUCACCAACACCAUUACCAUUAACAAAAGUACCAUCAUGCCAAAGUUUAAGUCCUGAAACUUUUACCUUCGAUCAAGAUCUGGCAACAGAUAUGCUCCUCAAAUGCAUGAUCCAGACUAAUCGCCCCAUCCAAUCAUUCGGCAGCGACCGCUUCACAAGAUUAGUUCAAGAAAACCUGCAACCAGAAUACGAAGCAAGUUUUAUGCUAGUUGUGAUGAGAGCGACAUAG